AUGAAGAUUCCCUUCGUGGUAACUGAGUUUGUCCUGCUAAUAGUCCCAACAAAGGGUCUGGAGACCAUGCUCUUCAUCUUGUUUUUGUCCUUUUAUGUCUUCACCCUCAUGGGGAACCUGCUAAUCUUGCUGGCAAUUAUCUCCUCCACUUGGCUUCAUACCCACAUGUACUCCUUCCUUUGCAAACUGUCUAUUUUUGACAUAUUUUUCCCUUCUGUGAGUUCUCCCAAGAUGCUGUUCUAUCUGUCAGAGAACAGCAGAGCCAUCUCCUACGUGGACUUCGGGUCCCAGCUCUUCUACCAUUUUCUGGGCUGCACUGAGGGUUUUCUGUACACAGUGAUGGCCUCUGAGUGCUUUGUUGCCAUAUGUUUCCCUCUACACUACACCAUAAUCAUGAGCCACAGAGUGUGUGCCAUCUUGGCUGCAGGGACCUCAUUUGGGGGCUGCAUUCAGACCACCUUUCUGACCACUCUCACCUUCCAGCUGCCCUACUGUUAUCCCAAUGAGGUGGACUACUACUUCUGUGACAUCCCAGUGAUGCUGAAGCUGGCUUGUGCAGACACUUCAGCCCUGGAGAUGGUGGGGUUCAUCAGUGUUGGCCUCAUGCCUCUCAGCUGCUUCCUCCUCAUCCUCACCUCCUACAGCUGCAUCCUCUGCUCCAUCCUGCAGAUCUGCUCUGCAAAGUGCUGCCGCUGUGCCUUCUCCACCUGCAGUGCCCACCUCACGGCCAUCCUGCUUUUCUACAUGCCAGUGGUCCUCAUCUAUCUAAAGCCAACCCCAAGCCCCUGGCUGGAUGCAACUGUGUGGGUCCUGAAUAAUCUGGUCACCCCCAUGCUGAACCCCUUGAUUUACAUUCUCAGAAAUAAGGAUGAGGAAGGUCCUCCACCUGCUGGGCUUCCUUCCUGA